AUGGAAGGAGAAUUGGAUUCAGAUGUUAUAAGAGCGACGCAAUUAUCGUUAGGAAAAUUUGUGAAAAAACCUCCACUCACUGAAAAGUUAUUAAAAAAGCCUCCAUUUAGAUUUUUGCACGAUAUUAUCACAAAUGUACUAAGCACUACUGGAUUUUUGGAAGGUCUUUUCGAAGAAGAGGAAUUAAUAUCGGAUAAUGUAAAAGAUAGAGAAACUAAAAUACUUUUCCUUAAUAAGGUCAUAACAGUUUUAGGUUUAAUCACAGGAAAAUCCUUGAAAGCUAAACCGUCUAAAAUAAUCGCUGGGCAAGAACCAGCAAACACAAAUGAGUUACUUCAAUGUCUCGGGGAAGCUUUGGAAAAAAAAUUGUCGUCUGAAGAAGCUGUAAAAAAAUACAAAGAGACUACAAAAAUUACUGUGUCACAUGAUAAAAGGAAUAAAGAUGCUGUAAAAGGGUUAAAGAAAAAUAAUGAUACUAAAAAAGUUUCAUCAAAGGGUAAAACUGCUAAUACAGGGAAAGAUAGUAAAACGAUUUUGAAAUUGCAACAAAGAGAUAACAGCAUUACUAAGAAAGAUUCUCCGCCUAAAAAGUCACAAAGUACGACAAAUGUUAAAAAAAAUCGGGUUAAAAGCCCAAAAGAACAAAAAACGUCAUUAUCAAAUGAAAAAAAGAAGCAAGAAAAAUCGAGUAAUAUUAAUCAAAAUGAUGAACAAUUAAAAAGUGCUGAAAAAAAGAGCACCGAAGAUAAUCCUCAAAUAAAUAAAAAUCAUGAAAGCGUUGUAAAUGUUUUACAAAACGAAAAAGAAACAUUGUUACAAGACAGCGAAAAAGAGCAAACUGAUUUUGUAGAUAAAAAUGCUUCUAAUCAUAUAUCUGAAGCAACAGUAUCAAAAACUACCGAAGAGGAUCGAACAAUUAUUCUUAAACAUGACGAUGAUGUGAAUAAUCAGAAAGAUCUUGAUAUUGUACCCGUUAAGGAAGAACAAAAUAAAAAAGUAAUUGAAGAAACAAAAACACUUUUGAAUGACACUAAAAACGAGAAGAAUAAUGAAAUGGAAAAUCAGAAUAGCUCACGCACUACUCACCUUGAUUCAAAUGUGGUUAAUAUAUAUGAAAAAAGGACACAAAAUGUAAGACCGUCAUCAUCUAGACCGGGAGCUCCAAGAGUAAAAGAUAAAUAUGACGCUGCAGUAAUAGGAAAUGAAAACCCUAUUGUGCAUAAAGUGAAUAUUAUAGAGGAAAACACAUUGCCGGAAGAGGAAGAAGAUGGAAGUAUAAUUAUUGUGGAUAAUCAAGCAGGCUCAAUUUCAACAUCGCAAAAUGAGGAACAAAUGCAAUUAUCGUCAAAUCAUCAUGGUCACUUAGUGCAGCAGAUAUUAGAUUCUCAAAAAGAGUUUUCGCAGAUAUCUGGGAAGACAGAAAUUGAAUGGCAGUUUGGGGCGCAAAAGGCUAGAGAUGUAAUAAAUCAAGAAAUUGAACAAAUACGAUUUAAUGUUCAAGCUUUAUCACGUGUCAGUAAUCCCUUGGGUAAAUUGAUAGAUCACGUUCAAGAAGAUGUGGAAGUUAUGCGUCAAGAGCUUCAAGAAUGGAUAAAGAAAUACGAAGAAACAUCUAAAGAACUGAUAAAGCAAAAGGUUGCCAAUACGGAAUCCCUACAGCCGCUUCAAGCAAAGAUCAAGCAAUUGGAUGCAGAAAUUGAGGAGAAGCGUGAGAAAAUAAACGAUCUCAGGAUUGUAGUGUUUAAGAAUUUUUAUAGAAUUGAAAAACUUCUCUCUAGUGGGAGCGUGCAAUAA